AUGUCCUUUGCAGGUUCCACAAACAAAUCUUCUUGUCCAAACUCCAUAAUAAAAAUGUGGGUUCUUCUCGAAGGGCAACCGAGGGCUAUAAAAUUGAAAGCUGAUUUAUCCGAGGUCGAAGACUUGGACGAUUUCGCACCUAUUCUCAAGAGAGAGUUCGAAGAGUUAAAAAACGUUAAAAAUCAAAAUAUCGUAUUCUUAGAUAACAACAACACACUUCUUUCACCAGACACUUGUUUACAAACUCUGGCAUACAAUACAACAGCUAAAACGCCACUUCUUGUUCGUUACUCACUCUCAAAUGCAAACAGUAAAUGUAAAAUACCACAUACCAGUGGUUCCUUAAGUUUGUUGCGAGAGGAAGUCGUAAAAAGAUUUAAGGAGAUACAGACAGAAGAAUUCUACUUUUUCAAUGAUGAAACAAAAGAAGAGAUUCGGAAUGAGUAUAGCUUUAACAUCCUAGUAUCUCAGACCGAACUAAAUAGUAACAACUAUAAUCUUAAGUUAAAAGUCAAAGUCGAGGGUAAAAGGUCUUAUAGCGAUUGGGAACUAAAGGAUGUGUUUAAGGAAAUAUUACGACGGGAUUAUAAAUCUCUUGGUGGUAUGCCAAGAUUUAACUUGAAUGACCUACUCUCGUUAGAGCACCCAUUUACUGAGAACGAAUUAAAAAGUUUCGUUGAUGAACUUCAAAAAACACUUAAUGCAUUCAAGAAAGAAUUCGGCAUCAAUGAGGAGACGGCUCGUGAAUAUAUUUCUACCUUCAUGAAAACUGCGUUUUGCCAUAUACAAGACUACAUAAACGAAUCAGCACAGUUGAGCGUGGAAAUAGACCUGGAGGGAAGUCGCGGGUAUGGCCCUGUAGACUACAUGGUGGUUAUCAUUAAAAUUUUGGUGCUGUUAUGUGAAGCAAAAGCGGAAAAUAUGAACAAGGGAACAGCUCAGGUUCUUGUGCAAAUGCACAGUGCGAUAGAACAACAAUUGGGUAAACGCAAGCACGGCCAAAUGGAACAAGCGAUGUUCGGAAUAGUUACAACUGGAAAAUUAUGGCGAUUUGUCCGUUGGACUGGAUCAUUAGAAGAACCGACAGUUCAUAUUUCUGAAGAGUACACUUGCAAUUUUAAGGGUAACAUGGAACCCGAAAAGGAAGUGUUAAGAUAUAUUGCUCAGAUAUUACAAGCCCAAGCUAUGGCAUUUGGUGUUGAUGAUAAGGACAGUGGUCAUCCUUCAAAACGUCAAUACAGUUCAUCGGAAACUAAGAUAAAUGAAGAAGCAAAGCUUCGAAUCUCCGACUCAUCCACCACAAUUCCUAUCCCUUCUACUCAUAUCUCUAAAUCUUCAGGUCUAGGCUAUUUGCCGAAAACUCAGAUAGAUAAUUGGAGUGCAAUGUGCUCUGAUAACGAUGAUGAAGCAGGGUAUUAUUGGAAUCCGACGAGUUUAGGUGAUCUCCCAAAUGGUGGUAUCUGCUUGAGCACAUCAGAACGGCAAAGUUUAGCAAAUCUGGUUGGUAUACCUCGAUAUUUCUACGUUGACCAUGCUGAAAUCCCAUUAACUCGACAUAAAUUGCACACUAAAUCCCUCAUUCGUUUAUUAUUGAUCUUAAGAAAUAUUAUGAUUGUGAAUAAAAGCUUACUAAUACAGGCGUUAGAACAAGCUAGUGCUCAUCCACCUCGAAAUGUUCAUCCAAGCACCACCGUUUCAUCACCACCACAUAAAUAA